ACUCUGAAGUUUAUGCGCUUGCGCAAUGCUACGUAAAUAUCACAAAUGUUGACAUUGCGGAAUUCGGGGCCCGUCAUUUCAGAGUCUUGGACAUUUUUCAUUUUUCAGCUAUUUAUUAAUAUCUUGUCAUCCGCCAGAUAAUUUCUUCGUGUGUAUUCGCAGGAUAGUAUGAUUCCAUUGUAUCUAAAAUGACGACCAACCACUCUUUCCCGCUCCAUGAAUGUGUUUUUCAUGACGAUCUGAAACAACUUUCAGUUCUUCUUCGCUCGCACAAAUACGAUAUUGCACAGAAAGAUGUGCACGGAAACUCACCACUUCAUCUAUCUGUCAUACUGGGUCAUAAAGAUUGUAUGCACCUGUUAUUAGCCCACGGUGCACCCGUCAAAUCCAAAAAUGUCCAUGGAUGGAACCCAUUAGCAGAAGCCAUCAGUUAUGGAGACAGGAAUACAAUAUCCCUGUUGCUACGGAAACUGAAACAACAAUCGCGGGAGCUCCUGGAGCAGAGGAGGCCUCAACUCGUCCAGCUUCUAACGGAACUAGGUGACUUCUACAUGGAGCUUCAUUGGGAUUUUCAAAGCUGGGUUCCGUUAGUGUCAAGAAUUCUACCGUCGGACACCUGUAGGAUCUACAAGAAGGGCGCCCAGAUACGCUUAGAUACAACCCUUGUGGAUUUCUCAGAGAUGAAGUGGCAGAAGGGCGACCUGACCUUUCUUUUCGAUGGUACGGUGACCCCUGAAAGGUCGCUUGUCUUUCUUGACAACGAGAGUAAAGUCUACCAAAGAUUAUCCUAUGAGCAAUCGGAAGCAGAGCUGGAAGAAGAGGUCGAUAUCCUAAUGAGCAGCGACAUCGUGACGGUCAACCUAUCAACCAAACCGAUCACCUUCAAUAGAUCUCAGAGUGGAUGGCUGUUCAGGGAAGAUAAACGAGAGCUCGUUGGAAGCUUCUUUGCCAACUUCUACGAUGUCGGCGGGGUUGUUAUAGAAUCAAGAAAAAGAAGAGAACAUUUAUCAGACGAAGAUAUACAAAAGAACAAGGCAGCAGUAGAGAGUAUAAGUAAAGGAUCCCCGUCUUUAGAUUGCUUUCCAAGCCAAAGAAGACCUUCAUUACCUCCACCUCCUGGGUCAGUGCUUACAUGGGAGGAGUAUAUUCAUGCUGAUAGAGGAAGAGCCUUGACCGUGCUAGGAAGACCUCAGAUCAGUAAAGAAAUGAGAAAGAUGUUCAAAGCAACAGUUGCCAUGAGUGAAGACUUCCCGAUGGAGGUGACAGACUUACUAAACAUGCUUGAAGUGCUAACCUCAAUGAAACAUUUCAACAAGUUAAGAGACUUCGUCCAGAUGAAACUACCGCCAGGGUUUCCAAUUAAAAUAGAUGUUCCCGUCCUACCAACUAUAACGGCGCGCGUCACGUUCCAAGCCUUCCAAUUCAGAGACAACAUCAACCCUUCACGCUUUACCAUUCCAUCGGACUACAGAGAAAACACCAGUAGAUUUCGUGACCUUUAACCUUGACAUCAUAGCGAAUGACAUUAGGAGUUUCCUGGCAAGCUGAAUGGGGUGCUGCUUCAGGGGUGUCUGCUUUUCUAAAGUGUUUCUGACAUAGCACCAAGUUUGAGUCUUUCUUCCAGGGUUGGCACAAUAGAAUUGUUUGUUUUAAAACAUGUUUUAAAAUGCAUUUGGAAUUUAUUUGAAUCAUUUUUUAAACGAGAAUGAAAUUAGGAGUUUCCUGGCUAGCUGGAUGGGGUGCUACUUCAGGAAUGUUCACUUUCCUCAAGGUUUUCUGGCAUAGCAACAAGUUUAAGUCUUUCUUCUAAGAUUGGCUCAGUGUACAUGUUUGUUUCAAAACAUGUUUUAAAAUUUAUUUGGAAUGUAUUUAAAUCAUUUUUUAAACGAGAAUGAAAUUAGGAGUUUCCUGGCUAGCUGGAUGGGUACUUCUUCGGGGAUGUUCACUUUCCUCAAGGUUUUCUAACUAAGCAUCAAGUUUAAGUCUUUCUCCUAGGAUUGGCUCAACGUAAAUAUUUGUUUUGAUACAUGUUUUAAAAUGUGUUUGGAAUCGAUUUAAAUCAUUUUGAUAACAAUAAUGAAAUUAGUAGUUUCCUGGAAAGCUGAAUGGGGUGCUGCUUCAGGGAUGUUUGCUUUCCUCAAGAUUCUCUGACAUAGCACCAAGUUUGAAUCUUUCUUCCAGGAUUGGCUCACUAGGUAUUUUUGUUUUGAAAACUUUUUUUUUCUUUAAACAAGUGCACACCUAGUUACCAAUAAUGCACAUAGCAUUUCGAUUUAUUUGAAAGCAGGAUAAAAGAGUAAUGUAGAUUAAAUGCCUUGCUCACAGGCAUAGGUGCCGCGGCCGAGGAUCGAACCCCGGACUUUACAUGUAUAGCCAGGCGCCUUAGACCACUCGGCCACGGCACCUCCACAACAUGAAAACAUGCUUUAUAAUGCGUCUAUGAUGGAUUUAAAACCUUUUUUUUUAAGAAUUUAGAAUGAUUUAAAACACAAUAGACCCCCAAUUCUAUUUUUAGAAUUUGUUUUCUUUUUAAUCACAACCCUGUUUUCUCCUGUUAUCAGUGUCAUUGGAACCAUCACUCUCUUUAUGUUUUGUAAAGUUUCAAGAGUUCAUGUUGAGAUGAAGCAAGGAUCAAUCGUGUGAUUUAAAAUGUUCUCUCAUCAGGGAUGUAGUCCAGGCCGUUUUGUUUUUAUUUACGAGGCCGCAGGAGAAAAGUUUCUCCCAUAGACUUUGUGCACAUGAAUGGGGCUGAGACCAAGGCCGGCAAAAUGUGGCCGAAAGGCCGGCCUUGACUACAUCCCUGCAUAUUACCUCAUCUAGAUGGAAUGUAAGCUGUGUACCAAGAUCAUCCAAGUGGUCUGUACAGUUAGGUGAUCUUCAAGUUUAUUUAAUACAGGUUUUAAAGUGAAACCAUAUUCUAGGGUAAGACGAUGUAACUUACAGAACAAUGUACAUUAGGUUCAGGUACCCUGAAAAAAUCUUACCCUCAGAAGAGUGUAGUCUUUAUAGACUGGUUUUCUUUUAUUUCUGUACAUUUAUUAUGAAUGAGCCAACCAAAUUGAAGGAAAAUUGUCAGAUCC